UCAAGCACUGCUGCUAUUAUGGCUUCUAUCGCACUGCUGGUGGGGAUGUUGAUGUUUAAUACAUCUCUGAUACUGGUGUUUGUUACUGUAUUACUAAUACUGUGGCUGUCAACACGGCGUCCUGCUGGAUUCCCACCCGGACCUCCACUUCUACCACUGGUGGGCAACAUUUUUCAAAUGGGCGACGAUCCCCGAGUUACUUUUAGCAAUCUGCGACGUCAGUACGGCGACAUCUUCGGCGUGUACAUCUUCCACAAGCCGGUCAUUGUCCUCAACGGCUACGAUGUUAUCAAGGAGGCCCUGGUCAAGAACGCCGACGUUUUUUCAGACAGGCCUCAUUCCUUUCUCACGGAUUUUUUCAGUGGGGGCAAAGGAAUAUUAAGCACCAACGGCGAUACAUGGAAGGACAUGAGAAGGUUCGCUGUCACCACUCUCAGAGAGUUUGGUUUCGGAAGGUCAAUCCUUGAAGAGAAGAUACAGGAAGAGUUGAAUACACUUUUGGAAGCAUUCGAGGAAGAGGGUUCGGAGGAAUUUGAUUGUAAACGACCGAUCCACAAUGCUACGUCCAAUAUCGUCGCUGAUCUUUGCUUCGGAAAGCAUUAUGAAUACAAUGACCCACGAUUCGUAAAGCUGUUAUACGCAGUGGAAGACAUGUUUAGCAUCAUUGGAACUUCAAACAUUCUCGAUGUGUUUCCAGCCGUGAGAUACCUUCCGGGAGAUUUCUUUAACUAUAAACGUCUUGUGAAAGACAUCAAGGUACUGGGUGAUGAGGUAGCUCGACUCGUUGAGGACCGCGUGAACAACUAUGACGAGGACAACGUUGAAGAUUUCGCCACAGCUUUCAUCAAAGAGGUACGACGCAGCAAGCAGGGAGGCGAGACGUUUGACGAAAGUCACGUAAAUAUGGUUCUGACUGACAUCUUUACCCCCGGAAUGUAUGAUAACGCCAACAGCAUCAAAUGGUCACUUCUACAUCUACUCCACUACCCGGAAGUCCAAGAGAAGUGUUUCCAGGAGAUCAAAGAACAGAUUGGACUGGAGAGAAGACCAACGAUGUUGGACAAAAGCAAACUUCCUUACGUUGAGGCUACGUAUUCAGAAGUAUUGCGAAACGCAGAUAUGGUCCCCACAGCGGUGCCGUACACCGUCACCAGCGAUGUACAGUUCAUGGGCUACACGUUCCCUGAAGGUGUCACUGUUAUCCCCGUUCUAAACUCAGUGCUGCACGAUCGGGCGACGUGGGGGGAUCCUCAAAAUUUUAGACCUGAGCGAUUUCUGGACGAUAAAGGGAAAUUCCAAAAGAGAGAGGAAUUGCUGCCUUUUUCCCUUGGACGCCGAGCGUGUUUAGGACAGCCCCUGGCUCGUAUGGAACUAUUCCUGAUUCUGACCAGCUUGAUUCAGAAGUUUAAGUUCGUCCCUCCAAGUGGAACGCUGCAACCCCUGAUAGGAAUAAUGGGUAUUGCCAACAAUGCUCCCUCUUUCAAGUGCAAAGCCAUACCAAGGAACGUUUGAGAGACUGGAUGCUGUAUCAGAAUCGUUAUAUGUGCUUGUACUUAAUGUUUCUAUGUGAAACGUUUCCAGUUCAUUUUUAAAUGUCAAUACACUGGCUGUCGAGCAUGACUCAGAACUGAUAUUUUAACCUCGAAACAGACGCAUAAAUACAUACAAGAGUGGUUCUAGGUGAACGUCGUACCCAUCAGAAUAUGCACUAUACGAUUACAAAGGCAUAGAAGAGACACUAUUCCUUUUUGAUCCAGCUUUAAAUUGAUACAUGAGCGUAUCACCAACAACGAUUAACCUUUUCAUCUGUUUUAGGACUUGCAUAGCAAUAUAGUUUUCCCAGAUUUGGAUCAACAGUUUACUCUACUUCCUUAGCUUACAUAAUCGGAGUGUAUUUAGUCCCUGCUCAUCAAACGUUUCAGUCGUACAAUGGGCUCUGCAGAGGGUUUUGUUGUUUAUAUCCGCGUAGAUAGAGACAGGUGUACAUAGAAAGUGGUAUGUAUAACUUCUUUUACAUUUGCAUAUGAAUACUUUGAGAUUUGUAUUGUUAUACAUGUACAUUUAUACCUAUAUGAAUACUUUGAGAUUUGUAUUGUUAUACAUGUACAUUUAUACCUAUAUGAAUACUUUGAGAUUUGUAUUGUUAUACAUGUACAUUUAUACCUAUAUGAAUACUUUGAGAUUUGUAUUGUUAUACAUGUACA